AUGAGAAAAAAUGCAAUUCAAACAUUCGAAAGCUUUUAUAAAAUAUAUUUAAAGAAAUUUAUUAUUGAAUUAGAAAUCUAUAAUCGAAUGAAAGAUAACCAAGCCAAAUUUCUUCCUAAAUUAUUUUGUCAUGGUUUUCUUGAUGGUUCGCAUACAUUUAACACUAAAGUUUAUAAAAUGUUUAGACCCUUCAUUUUGAUGGAAUAUUUAAAACAUGACAAAAACUUCAUCAAAAAUGGUAAUGUUAAAGAAAUACUUGCUAAAGAACUAGAAAUCCUAGAAGAAUUUCAUAAACAAAAUGUCAUUUUAGAGGAUAUAAAACUCUCAAAUAUUAUCAUAAAUUUAGCUUCAAAUGGAGAGCUCUCAAAAAAAUUUUCAUUGAUUUUGGAUUUUUCAAAUAUUUCGAUGGCCUCCAAUAAUAUUUUAUCUUAA